GUUCGUAAUAAGGAGUAGCGUUUCAGUAAUUGAAGAUUGAAGUUUGGGUUGGAAGCCCUAAUCAAUCAUCGAGAAAGGUCCUCCAUUCUCUUCUUUACUAAAACCACUGAAUCAGUGAAUCAUCGAAUGGAUAAAGGAAAGGGACUCAUGGGAUCCAACGCUCGAAGAUGGGCCGUUGACUUCUCCGACAAUUCAACCUCUCCUUCCUCUCGCGACGUUCCUGAUCCUCCCGGUUUCUCUCGUGCUUCCAUCGAUCAGGACGAUUCAACCCUCAGUCGCCAGAGGAAGGAUGCUGAAUCAAACUGGAAAGCACAGAAAGCUUGGGAAGUAGCACAAGCCCCUUUCAAGAACUUGCUAAUGAUGGGGUUUAUGAUGUGGAUGGCUGGAAGUACAGUGCACCUGUUCAGCAUUGGUAUCACCUUCUCAGCUCUUUGGCAGCCUAUCAGUGCCUUGCAAAGCGUUGGCAAGAUUUUUGAGCCUUACAAAGACAGUAGAGUGGAGCUUCUUGGACCUAAGUUGUUAUUCAUAGCCCUUAAUUUGGGUGGCUUGGCACUAGGUGUUUGGAAGCUCAAUGCAUUGGGGCUUCUUCCUACGCACACAUCAGACUGGGUCUCAUCCUUACCUCCUGCUCAGGAAGUGGAGUAUUCAGGUGGGGGUCUUAAUUUGAGUUGAUGAGAAAUCUCUUGUUCAUCCUAGUGUGUUUUGGAUGAAAUUUAAAUAGAGAAGGACGAGGCUUGCUUUGUUAUUUACGAUAAAUGUAACAUACUCUUGGAAUCACCUGGAUUGGCCAAGGUUUGUAGGAGGCUAUAGUAGUCUGAAUAAUUAAGAAAAAAAUGUUUCUCCUUUA